GAAAUGAUCCAAGAUCUGGUGAUGACCGAACCUUGAAAUCAGUUUUGAAAAAAACUAGUAGCUAUGGAGGAUACUUGGAUACUGAUGACUUACUUGAUCUUCCUAGUUCUAGAACUCUGGGCAGGAGCUGGAGUAGUUGCUCCUCCAUGACGAAUGGAUCUUCUGGAACCGAAUACUUUUCAGCACUCUCUUCAGACGAGGAGGGGGCCAAGCAGGAAAUCAUUCUUAAUUCAAGUUAUGAGGAGGAUGUAGAUGAAAGUGUAAGUGUACUGCACCAAGUUGAUGAAUUAAUGGAAGGGAAGGAAGAACAACAAAUACAAGCACUUGAUCUUCUACUUCAGUUUAGAGAGCAGAUUGGAGAUACUUCAGAUUAUUUAUGGAGGCUCUGUAAAGCUGAAUAUCUGUUAGCAGUUCUUGCGGGACAGAACGGUGAUACAGAGAAAAAGAAGGAAAUGAUAAUGAAAUCAGUCGAAUCGGGGAAAUCAGCUCUAAGUGCUGACGAAAAUAACUCCGAGGCUCAUAAAUGGUUUGCCAUUGCACUGGGCAGUAGAGGAGAGUUUGGUGGAGUCAGGUAAAUAUAGGACAGAGGCAGAUACU